GCUUUGGCUUAAGGCACAAUGAGGGGAGGUGGUUUGAGGACUGACAUUUGGAAGGCGCCUGGUAGUGGGCCUGCAGACACAUGCUGGGGGGUGCAAGUUUCAGAGACGCUGUCUCGAGGCCCCCAGCCAGGACCACCUACCCCACAGCUCUGGCUCAACCCCACCGACCUCAGCUCCUGCCCGCCCUGUGGCCCGUGCCCUAUCCCGAAACCCGCAGCAAGAGGCAGGCGCCAGGGCCAAGACUGGGGCAAGAGUGACCAGCGCCUGCUCCAGGCCUUGGAGAAAAAAGAUGUGGCCAGAGUGGCCUCACUGAUGGCUCACAAAGGGCUGGUGCCCACAAAACUCGACCCCGAGGGCAAGUCUGCAUGA